AUGGAUACCGGUGGUCCACCGUUUGAUGACGGUGUAUUUCUCGUUGAGCCCUCCAUCUAUCGUGCCGUCAUCGACGACGUGAUCGCCAAUAUAAAACCCGAGUUCGAUGACUUCGGCGUCCCUGAGGACGUUCUGGCUGAUUUGCAGAGCAAAUGGGAGGCGAAGGUCAUAGCUUCUCACGUCGCCGACUUUGAGCCCACUCAGGCCCAACCGCCACCCGUACCCGCGCACCCGAGCUAUCCACCUCACCCGAUGCAUACCAUGCCCCACGGGCAUUAUCCUCCCCACACGGCGUACGCCCCUCCACCUCAUCCCAUGCAAGUCCCCGGUCAGCCCCACGUCAAGACGGAGCCGGUGGACAAUCGCUACAUGCUGAGCGCCACUGCCUACGGGAUCCCUCCUUUGCCUGGGCCCCAACUUUCCGCGAGGCCGGGAGGUCCCUCGCAACCCUCGUAUGCGCCAAUGAACGGGCGUCCGGCGAAUGCCGCGAGUCAGGCACCUGCGCCUCCCACUGCUCGCUACCCUCCAGCGACAAACGGGCAGCCCCCGCGCAUCCCUCAGGUGGAUGGUCCGUCGUCGUCGGAAUCGGAGUCUCCGUCUCCUCCACCCAGUCAGGGCUACGCUCCGAGAUCAUCGCAUCCUUCGCUCCCUCAGCCGUCGCAGAGCACAGCGGCCCCGCAAGCUGAAGACUUGGAGGCUAUCAACAGCGACCUGGAUGACUCGGAUUCAGACAACGAGCAGGAUGGCAUAGAAGGCGGCGCGGCUGACAGUGACAUUGUGUUCUGUACCUAUGACAAGGUCGCUCGCGUCAAGAACAAAUGGAAGUGUGUUCUCAAGGACGGCAUGAUCCAUGUCAAUGGUAAAGACUACCUCUUUGCCAAGUGCACCGGCGAAUUCGAAUGGUAG